UUUUUGGUCAUAAAUUGUGUAUUUUUUUUUUUUUUUUUUCAAAAAUUUAUCUUAGAUUCGCGGAGUGUUCCGAAGCACCCACUGGCCCGGCCCCCUCCUGCUUUUGGCCAUGAGUGGAGUGGCUAGCUGAUAAGGUUAACCAGCUCCUGCCCUUGCCCUUGCCCCUGUCCUCUAGCCGGGUCACAUUAUAGCACUCGUUGCGGCGAUAAGCGGACCAGCGGACCAGCCGGAGGAAAUAUAAAUAAAUUAUAUUCGUUCGCCAGUGAUUGGAACUGUCAGCUGCAACUGUCAGGGAGUACGGCCAGCAAGAUGAGCGGAAAACUGGCCGCAAGGAAGCACAUCGAGGUGCUGGUGUUCGGCUCUGCCAUUAUAGAUUUUAUUUGCUACACCCCACGCCUUCCAAAGCCCGGAGAAACGCUCCAUGGACAUCGCUUCCAGACCGGAUACGGCGGCAAAGGUGCCAACCAGUGUGUGGCCGCUGCUCGCCAGGGAUCCCGCACAGCCCUGGUGGCCAAGUUGGGAGCGGAUAGCUUCGGCAUCGACUACCUGAAGCAUCUCCAGGCGGAGAGUGUCGAUGUGCAGCAUGUCCAGCAGCUGGAGGAUCAGACCACAGGUGUGGCCCAGAUCGGAGUCUCGGACGGAGGCGAGAACAACAUCAUCAUUGUGGUGGGAGCCAACAAGUGCCUUAAGUCCUGCGACGUGGCUGCAGCGGAUUCCUUGUUCCAGGAGGCCAAGGUACUGGUUUGCCAGCUGGAAACCCCCAUCGAGGCCACCCUGACGGCCCUGAAAGCCUUCAAGGGCACAUCCAUUGUCAAUGCUGCUCCCGCGAUGGAGAACACGCCCAGCGAGCUGCUUUCCUUGGCCAGCAUCUUCUGUGUGAACGAAAGUGAGGCGGCCCUCAUGACCAAGGUGCCCAGGAUCGAGACCGUUGAAGAAGCCCAAGUAGCCACCACUGAGCUCAUCCGGAUGGGAGCCAACACGGUGAUCAUAACCCUGGGGAAGCUGGGCGCCGUUCUGGGAUGGAAAUCGAAGCCAGGUGUCUUUGAGCAUGUGAAGGCGCCCUUCGUGCCGCCAGAAAAGGUGGUGGACACUACCGGAGCUGGUGAUGCCUUCAUUGGAGCUCUGGCCCACAAUCUGGCCCGUCAUACGGACAAGAAACUAACUGAACAAGUGGCAGCCGCCUGCGCCGUGGCCUCCCAGUCCGUCCAGAUGCCAGGAACCCAGAGCAGUUUUCCACGCGCCUAAGCCCCGAGGUGCGGAGGCAGAGGAUGCCCUUCCUCGUACUUACUUUACAAUAAAUCUCGGCCAGAAUCAUAA